CUGGUGGGCAUCAUCUUAUGAUGUCAUCAGAGGAGUACGAGGCGGACUGUUUUGGUUUGUACAGCGAUGAGAACAACGUGCUGCUGAAGGCAACCGAGCCGGAGACAACAGCAACAGCAACGGCCAAGCAACAGCAACCACCGCCGAGCAGCAACGGUCACACGUCACCAAUACCGAUACCACUACCAAUACCCAUACAAAUCAACGGCGACGGCAGCGCGGCGAAUUGCGGCGAGAGCGGCAAGACCACUAAUACCAGUACAGGCAGCAAUUGCAGCACCCAUACAGAGGCAGACAAGGAGCCAGAGAGAGAGAAGGCAAAGGAGAAGGCGGAGCACGAAGAGGAGGCGAACGAAUCCGACGAUUCCGACGACGACGUCGUGGUUGUGCUCGAAGGCUGCGAAGGCAACGCCAGCAGCAGCAGCAGCAGCAACAGCAGCAGCAAUAGCAGCAGCAACAACAGCAAUAAGGCGGCAGCAACCACGACGACGGCGAACGCGAACCAUUGUAAUCGCAGUGGCGGCAGUCGCAGUCAUCGCAGCGCCCGCAGUAGUCGGCAAAUCAGUCAGUCAACGGCCGUCGGCAAGACAACAACGUGCGCGGCUAAAAAACCAACAGCAACUCAGGCUCAGACAGUCAAGAACACGAGCGUAAAUUCGAACGGAAACGGAAGCGCGUCUAGUAAAGUGAAUCGUCGUUCGCGUCAAAGAUCCUUGAGCAAAGACAUUACCAAUCUAAAUCUAAACAAUCAGCAACAGAGCAGCAGCAACAGCAAUAGCAAUAGCAGCAACCAGAGCAACAACAACGCUGCUGGCUUCAUGAGUAGCGCUGCCGCGGCUGCUGCGGGUGCCGCUGGUGGAGGAGCCCUGUUCCAACCACAAUCGGUCAAUAGCACGGCCAAUAGCAGUAGUACGAUCAACACACCGGCCACAGCCACUGGCAGUGUUACGCACACCCACUCGCCCACGAGCAACUCACCCGUUUCGGGCGCCAGUUCGGCCUCGUCCCUGCUGACGGCCGCCUUUGGCAACCUGUUUGGUGGCUCCUCGGCCAAGAUGCUGAACGAGCUCUUCGGCCGCCAAAUGAAGCAGGCCCAGGACGCAACCAGUGGCCUGCCCCAGAGUCUGGACAACGCCAUGCUCGCCGCCGCCAUGGAGACGGCCACCAGUGCCGAGCUGCUGAUCGGCAGCCUGAAUUCCACGUCCAAGCUGCUCCAGCAGCAGCACAACAACAACACCGGCAGCAAUAGCCUGGCUCCCGCGAACAGCACGCCGCUGAGCAAUGGCACAAAUGCCUCGAUCUCGCCGGGAUCGGCCCACAGUUCCAGCCACUCGCAUCAGGGUGUCUCGCCGAAGGGCAGUCGCCGGGUCUCCGCCUGCAGUGAUCGCUCCUUGGAGGCGGCAGCCGCCGAUGUUGCUGGUGGCUCACCACCGCGGGCGGCAUCGGUGAGUUCGCUGAACGGAGGAGCCAGCAGUGGUGAGCAGCAGCAGCAGCAGCAAUCGCAACUGCAACACGAUCUGGUGGCCCAUCACAUGCUGCGCAACAUACUGCAGGGCAAGAAGGAGCUCAUGCAACUCGAUCAGGAGCUGCGCACUGCCAUGCAACAGCAGCAGCAGCAACUGCAGGAGAAGGAGCAGCUCCACUCCAAGCUCAACAAUAAUAACAACAACAAUAUUGCUGCCACCGCCAACAAUAAUAACAAUAACAACAACAACACCACCAUGGAGAGCAUCAAUCUGAUUGACGAUUCGGAAAUGGCGGACAUCAAAAUCAAGAGCGAACCUCAGACGGCUCCGCCGCCGCAGCAAUCGCCACAUGGCAGCAGCCACAGCAGCCGCAGUGGGAGUGGCUCCGCCGGCAGCCACAGCAGCCUGGCCAGCGAUGGCAGUCUGCGGCGCAAGUCCUCCGACUCGCUGGACAGCCAGACGGGGCAGGACGAGGCGCAGGACGAGGAGGAGCCAACGGUGAAUCGCCAGCGAUCCGAGAGCCGUGCCCCGGAGGAACCUCAGUUGCCCACCAAAAAGGAGUCCGUGGACGACAUGCUCGACGAGGUGGAACUCCUCGGUCUGCACUCCCGCGGUUCCGACCUGGAGAGCCUCGCCUCGCCCAGUCACUCGGACAUGAUGCUGCUGGACAACAGCAAGGACGAUGUGCUGGACGAGGACGACGACGAUGAUUGCGUGGAGCAGAAGCGCGACUCCGGCAGCGGAUGUCUCAAGAAACCGGGCAUGGAACUAAAACGGGCCCGUGUGGAGAAUAUUGUCUCAGGAAUGCGAUGCAGUCCCUCGUCGGGUUUGGUGCAAGCGGGACAACUCCAGGUGAACGGUUGCAAGAAGCGCAAGCUCUACCAGCCACAGCAACACGCCAUGGAGCGCUAUGUGGCCGCCGCAGCUGGCCUGAACUUUGGCCUCAAUCUGCAGAGCAUGAUGCUCGACCAGGAUGACAGCGAGUCCAACGAACUGGAGUCGCCGCAAAUCCAACAAAAGCGAGUGGAGAAGAAUGCCCUGAAGUCGCAGCUGCGCUCGAUGCAGGAGCAGCUGGCGGAGAUGCAGCAGAAAUAUGUGCAGCUGUGCUCGCGCAUGGAGCAGGAGUCCGAGUGCCAGGAGCUCGACCAGGAUCAGGAUGCCGAGCAGGAGCAGGAACAGGAGCCCGACCACAGCAGCGAUCACAUUGAGCUGUCGCCCUCGCCCACAUUGACCGGCGAUGGGGAUGUGAGUCCCGCCCACAAGGAGGAAGUGGGUCAGGAGCGACCAGGUUCCAGUUCCCCGUCACCCUCGCCCCUGAAACCCAAGACUUCGCUGGGCGAAAGUGCCGACUCGGGCGCCAAUAUGCUGUCCCAGAUGAUGAGCAAGAUGAUGUCCGGCAAGCUGCACAAUCCGCUGGUGGGCGUAGGACAUCCCGCCCUGCCGCAGGGAUUCCCACCUCUUCUGCAGCACAUGGGCGAUAUGUCGCAUGCGGCCGCCAUGUACCAACAGUUCUUCUUCGAGCAGGAAGCACGCAUGGCCAAGGAGGCGGCCGAGCAGCAGCAACAGCAACAGCAGCAGCAGCAACAACAGCAGCAGCAGCAGCAACAGCAGCAGCAGGAGCAACAGCGACGCUUCGAGCAGGAGCAACAGGAGCAGCAGCGACGCAAGGAGGAGCAGCAGCAGCAGAUCCAGCGCCACCAGCAGCAACUGCAACAGCUGCAGCAACAGCAGAUGGAGCAGCAACAUGUCGUGGCCUCGGCCGCAACAAGGCCGCAAAUGCACCACCCGGCGCCCGCCCGCCUGCCCACACGAAUGGGCGGGGCAGCGGCCCACACGGCCCUCAAGUCGGAGCUGUCCGAGAAGUUCCAGAUGCUGCGCGCCAGCAACAACAGCUCGAUGAUGCGCAUGUCCGGCACGGACCUCGAAGGACUCGCCGAUGUGCUCAAGUCCGAGAUCACCACCUCGCUGUCCGCUCUGGUGGACACCAUUGUCACCCGGUUCGUCCACCAGCGCAGGCUGUUCAGCAAGCAGGCGGACUCCGUGACGGCGGCAGCCGAGCAACUGAACAAGGACCUGCUGCUCGCCUCGCAGAUCCUCGACCGGAAAUCGCCGCGCACCAAGGUGGCGGACAGGCCCCAAAAUGGACCCACGCCCGCAACACAAUCAGGUAAUAAUGGUUCACUACUCCUAGCUAAUAGUCAAAUGCCCUCCCAAACGCCCGUCGCAAGUGGCUCGAGUGGGCAGCAGCAGCAGCAGCAACAGACGUCGCAACAGCAACAUGUUAGUAACGUGCAACAACAACAGACGCCGCAACAGCAGCAACAUUUGCAACAGCAACAGCAACCACAGUCGCAUCCCUUGCUGCCGCCCAACUGCCAACAGCUAAUCUCCGCCCCCCGCCUAAAUGGCAGUCAGUUGUCCUUCGCCUCGCCCGCCGCUGCUGCAGCCGCUGCCAUGGGUCUGCAAAUGCAUCAUGCCGCCGCAGCAGCAGCAAUGUCCGCCCAGCAGCAGCAGCAGCAGCAACAGUCGGGGGAUCCCCAAGCGAAUACUAACAACCAAAGCGGGCCAGCUGGGCCGAAUCCCACUAACAAUAGCUUAAGUUCCCUUAAUAUACCGCCUCCUCACAUUCGUCCUUCGCCCACAGCGGCUGCCAUGUUCCAGGCGCCCAAGACGCCGCAGGGCAUGAAUCCGGUGGCCGCCGCCGCCUUGUACAACUCGAUGACCGGACCCUUCUGCCUGCCGCCCGACCAGCAGCAGCAGCAGCAGUCGGCCCAGCAGCAGCAACAGUCCGCCCAGCAGCAGCAACAGUCCGCCCAGCAGACGCAGCAGCAGCUGGAGCAGAAUGAGGCCCUUAGUUUGGUGGUGACCCCGAAGAAGAAGCGCCACAAGGUGACCGACACCCGCAUCACGCCUCGCACCGUUAGCCGGAUUUUGGCCCAGGAUGGCGUGGUGCCGCCCACCGGAGGAGCUCCCAAUGUCCCAGGCAACCAGCAGCAGCAGCAACAACAGCAGCAACAGCAGCAGCAGCAACAACAGCAGCAGCAGCAACAGCAGGCGUCGAAUGGCGGCAACAGCAAUGCCACGCCCGCCCAGAGUCCGACGAGGAGCAGCGGAGGAGGAGCCGCCUACCAUCCGCAACCGCCGCCACCACCACCACCCAUGAUGCCCGUGUCCUUGCCCACCUCCGUGGCCAUUCCCAAUCCCUCGCUGCACGAGUCCAAGGUCUUCUCGCCGUACUCGCCGUUCUUCAAUCCCCACGCAGCCGCCGGCCAGCCAACGGCGGCGCAACUGCAUCAGCACCACCAGCAGCACCACCCGCACCACCAGCCGAUGCAGCUGUCCUCCAGUCCGCCGGGCAGCCUGGGCGCCCUGAUGGACUCGCGCGACUCGCCGCCGCUGCCCCACCCGCCGUCGAUGCUCCAUCCCGCCCUCCUGGCCGCCGCCCAUCACGGGGGAUCGCCGGACUACAAGACCUGCCUGAGGGCCGUCAUGGACGCCCAGGAUCGCCAGUCCGAGUGCAACUCGGCCGACAUGCAGUUCGAUGGCAUGGCUCCUACUUCUUCUACAUUGACACCGAUGCACCUGCGCAAGGCCAAGCUGAUGUUCUUCUGGGUGCGCUACCCCAGCUCCGCGGUGCUCAAGAUGUACUUCCCGGACAUCAAGUUCAACAAGAACAACACAGCACAAUUGGUGAAAUGGUUCUCGAACUUCCGAGAAUUCUACUACAUACAAAUGGAGAAAUAUGCACGACAAGCUGUCACCGAAGGCAUCAAGACACCCGAUGAUCUGUUGAUUGCUGGAGAUAGUGAAUUGUAUCGCGUGCUCAAUUUGCACUACAAUCGCAAUAACCACAUUGAGGUACCCCAGAAUUUCCGCUUCGUGGUCGAAUCGACUCUGCGGGAGUUCUUCCGUGCAAUACAGGGUGGCAAAGACACCGAGCAGUCGUGGAAGAAGUCCAUAUACAAGAUCAUCUCGCGCAUGGACGAUCCCGUGCCCGAGUACUUCAAGUCGCCCAAUUUUUUAGAGCAGCUGGAAUAAGUGGAGGAGUUGGCGCUGCCGACGCUGCCGCCGUUGCCGCACCCGCUGGGAAUGCCACCGCCCAUCAGUCCGGCCUCCACCACCAUCUGCAGCAGCACCACCACUUCAGCCACCGGCAGCAGCCAUUCGAAGGCGAGGCGCAGGCCAAAGCUAAAAGGCUAAACCUGCGCAGGAAACACGACUGGAUAUGACCAACUCCCCAGCCAAAA